CGUCGGGUCAGUGGUGAAGAUCGAGCGUACGCACAGUUCAAACCCCGAAACAGGGACAUGAAUGCGUGACCACGGUUGUUUCUGUUUGCUUCAUCCAACGCUGGCACGUCUUUUGUUUGCUCGUUUUUCCUCUCAACAAAGAGCAAAAGGAAGAGAGAGGACCAAGCCGUUGCCCAAUUCAUCGGUUGCGAGGGCAAGAGGCAAGUAGGAAGAACGAGAGAAGGACCGACUUUCAUCCAAGACGCGAUCCUUCUCCACUCUACUACGCCGAAUCGAGCGAGCGCAGAGGGCGUCUCAAAUCUUCGACACCUCAACCAGAAUAGAAGGGAAUGUGCGAAGGCCGCGCUGUAGGAAAAGCCGAUAUCCUGCAGUCCCUGGUGUAGUCGCUUGUGCCUCAAUCAUGACCGCAUCGUCAUCGAAUCCUGCGUCGCAGCCCGCCAUUGCGCCUCAGCUCGAGGAGAAGAUCGAGGCGGUGCGGAGCGAGAAGCUGCUGGCUGAUGCAGAGCGGCGGAGGAUCGCAGUCCGCGCCAAAAAUGAGAAAGCUAGGCGAAUGGUGCGACGGCUCGAGAGCUGCGAUGGGAACAUUGCCGAUCUGCUUUCACAGGCAUCCGAUUGCCUCCGCACGCUCGUCGAUGCGACGGCGCAUGAGUCGGCCUAUGCUGCCCAUGCCGACGUAAGGAGCUACAACGAAAGCGAGGAUGAGCUUCGCAAGACGUUUGAGCUUCGCGCUCAACAGUGGUUCGCUACGCUUCACGAGGUUCAGCUCGGGCUUCGGUCUGCCGUUCGCAACCUCCGAAAGGCGCAGAUGGAGCCAACGCAGAGGGAUAUCUCUGCCGCCGCUGGCGGUCCCGCCUCGUCUUCCUCGUCAUCAUCUUCCGUGCCUGCCUCGCCCGCGCUCAACCACGUUGGAAAGGCCGAACGAGGCCAUGGGCUCGGCAUACACACCACCGAAGCAAGCCUGUCAGAGUCCUCUUCCUCGUCGCGCUCCUCGCUCCUCGACGCCUUUGUCGAUGUCGGCCUUAAAGGCCCGGAUCUCAUCGCUGAGGACAAGAAGGCAACCAAGUCGUCGUUGUUGCAUGACACGAAGCUUUCCCUCUCGGCGUUGCGCAUGCAGGAGCACAGCUGGCAGCAGCUCGCAGAGGCCCUGGGCGAGAUUGCAGAGAGGCGCCAGGCUGGCUCGCGGUCCAGUAAAGGAUCGCAACGGGCCACCUCUCUUCCUAAAAUGAGCCAGGGUCAGAAGGAGCGCGUGCGCAGUCUGGCAAACGAUCUUGUGGCCGCAAAGGACAGCCAAGACUCGCGGCUGAUGUCGGCCUUGCUCCAGAUGGGCAUUGGUCCUACGGACGACGUCGGCACCAUGGCAGACUCGAUGAGGGCAGAUAGCGGUCGGGCCUGAGCCGCAUCAAAAUUCGCUCAGAUCAUCAGCAUACACAUCCUAAUAAGCACCAUCUAUACAUCUCUCUUUCUCAGCACACAUUACAGCCCAGUAUCUAUCUUCUCCUUGUACCUUCGGCAUCACUCUUUUUUCAUAGCUCUCACAUAAACAUCCUUAUUUCUGCUACA